AUCAAGUUUCGACUCUAGGCCCGCUGAUAUCGCCGUGUGUAUCUUAAUUGCAAGGUAUAGCCGUCUGUUUUAAGCGACCAUGGUGGUGCAUUUACUUGAAACCAUCCCUGACUUCCACGUGUUUUUUCGCGGCACGCAGCGUACAAACAGACGGUGCGGCGUUUCCGCCCAUUCAGCAGAUGAACAUACUAUCCGUUUCUUCUCUUCAACCAGCCACUGAGCCCACACCAGUAAACCUUUUCUCAGGAAAAGAAUUGGUAGUGGAUGUUUAGUCUCUCAACAUGCGGUUGUCUAUCGAGAAAAUUUCAUGGCUCGCUGGUUGGGGGAGGCUUUCUAUUUUUAGUUGUGUUUUUUUUGAACCCGGUGUUUGUCCAGGUGUGUGCAAAGCCACCUUGUAGAACUAUGCACUCCAGUUGUCUAAAGUCCCGAGGGAGUGGUGCAUUGGAGAAAGUGUUAGGCAGCGAUCCUCAGCUCUGGCAGUGCGUUUCUGGAUUACCUCGACCGAGGCUUUGCGUUGCCUUGGAAUAACAUACCGGCUUCCACCGCCCACAUCCUGCCAGCGUGCUUAGCUUUGCUUGUUCGUGUGUCAGAUUCCCUCUCGGUUUUGUUAUCCGCAUUCAUGCUAUGGUUUUGACGCGGUGCCUAAAAUGGAACCUUCUGAUUGUGCAUCGUUUCCAGCUCCUAACAAAGUACCAGCCGUGUCGACGACGGUAGAUACGGCACCUUUGCCAACACAUCAGUAUCCCGCUUCCCUACCUCCGCUUCACAUUCUGACCGUCACCACACAUCGCAGUGGUUAUUUCACAGCGCUAGUCUACAGCAGCACUCUGCUUGGAGCCAAUAUCCAGGUGUUCGGAUGGGGGCAAAAAUGGCGAGGCUUUGGAACAAAAAUAAUGGCUAUGGCCGACUUCGCCAGGUUGCGCGACCCGGGGGAGAUUGUGAUGCUCGUAGAUGGAUUUGACACUGUCUUGCUGCAGCCAAAGGAAGCAAUUGCACGGAAGUUUCUGGAGUUCGGGAACCGCAUCGUGGUCACAGGCGAAGCAACGUCACACCGAUGGGGUGUUCUCAAGCAUCUGUUUCGAAUGUACCAUGACUGUAUUUUCCGAGCUAACACAGACAUGAAGUGGCCCAAACCGCUUCCGUACGCGAGCCCAAAUCUCCGUCUAACACUUGUCAACACGGGUUGCGUCAUCGGUUUUGCAGGGGAUAUCGCUCGGGUGUUCAAGAAUAUCAGCCACGACACGAACGACCAAAAGUUCUUGGGUGACCUCUAUAGGGCUGAUCCGUAUAAGGAUAUAGUCAUUGACCACAACUGUGCCAUUUUCGCCCUCUACCGUAGCAGGCAGGAUCUGAAAUUCCUUCCGUUCGAGGAAGCGGAAAAGCAGGCCCGGCAUGUGGUGCCUCAUUUCGAUGAAAACGGUCCAUCAAAGAGAUAUCCUCCCGCUCCUGCUGUUAUGAGGACUGCACUGCGGGGGGCUGUGCUGGACUCCCGGACGAAUGAAGCUCCUUGUGUGCUUCAUAUUCACUGUCGGCGAAACGCCGACUGGCUGAUGGAGCUUCUAGGACUACCCCUUGGGGAAGGUCUUACAGAGUUCAGAAGCUAUGCCUGGUAUGCAUUUUUCUCGUUGAAGGGCACCAUUGGCGCCGACCGGCAGGUUGCCCGUAUGUGGGGGUCGGUUCUGCUGACGACAAUUGUGACCUGUGUCAGCAUUAUCGGACUCGUCCUCGGCUUCGUGGGUUGGUGUACUCGAAAGGCGGCGACUCACAAUGUCACCGCCUUUCUUUUGGAAAAGGUGAUUCAACCUGCUCUCAAUUUGAUUCUCCAAGUCUGUCUGCUCGUUGGAGGGUCUCAAGUUUCGCUUUCACGCCGAAAAGAAGUGUGGGCAGCAUCCCACCGCGCUUUUUUCGACCAGCAUACGUGUUCUUUGCCACACGCAGCGCUAUGGGACCAGAGAGAAGUCAUUUCAGAGGCACCUACAGGAACUACGCCCGUUCCAGUGAGCUCCAUCUGGCCAGUGGUAUACCUAUUUUCGGCGGUCGUGACUGAACUCCUGGCGCCGGUCCUAAAUGUUGUUUCCGGUAUCCUCGAACUAUCGAUUAGCCUGCGGUGGCUGUUCCUCGGUGGGACUAUUCUUGGCGUCGCGAUUCUCACCGGUAUGACGCUUACCAUUGUCGGCUGGAAUGCAGAAGGUGAUGAAGAUGAAAACCCAGAAGAGAAGAAGGACUCAACCAGCGCCAAAAAGAAAACUUGAAACCCUAUCACGAAGACACCUCAUUGGCGGCCCUUAGAGCAUAUAUGCCAGCGGAAAUGACGGGUGACGCAUCUUUCAUCGGCAACGGACGGCUGGUGGGAAGGGAUGUGAAGACAGACUGCAUUGUGUAUACCCCGAGAAAGGCGUGACAAGCUCUGCUACGGGUUCCUCCUGUCUCGACGCUCUCUUCGCUUGUUUCAGACAUUUUGCUGUUGAGCGAUACUCGAGGCGGAUGGCAAAGAGAGGGAACUCCGAGUAAUGUGGCACAACACAGUUUGCCAUAAAGAAUUUGAAGGCCCUGACAACAGCUUAGCUUUUUAGGGCAUAGUUUUUCUCGUGUUGCCUGAGAGUGGUGUCCUUAAAGCUCAAAGGUCUCCGUUGGCAGUCGAGCGGAUCAUCAAAGGGAACAGUAACGAUUCGCAGUAGAGGCCAGGGGUUGGUGAGAGCAGACAGAUCUGCGAAGCCGUGGGGGAGCAUGGCGAUACAACGCACGCUUGUGAGAGACAAGAAUGCGUGAUUUGAAGACUUUUCAGAAAGGGGACAGGAACUUGACAGGGCCAGUGACGCUGAUGAAGAGGGUACGUUCCGUCAAGUGAACUCUACCGUACUUCCAUGCCUUUCGUGGGAGAGCAAAGAUGGGGGCACAUGAUUGAUUCGACGAACAGAUUUCUGUGUCCCUGCUCUCCUCCCGAGGCUCCUGUGUACAGUGGACGUACAUGUAUCCAUUCCGUUUUGCGUUACAGGUGAAUUAUGUGCAACCAAGUCGAUUGGGGGCGCGAUGGAAUGUUAGGUGGCCAAAGUAGGUAGUAGCACAAAGGCACAUCGUGAAUCCGCGAAUCGGCGUGUACAUGAUUAAAGCAGGUAUAAGAUUUGUUUCUUGGAGCGCUGUUAGAGAGCAUUGCAGACCGGUGGACGACCGGAACUCGUGAUGUUGUGAUUCUUCAGGGGCAGACCGUGAGGAACCGAAAGGAACAUAAACCAGUUCCAACCGUUCCUGUUCAGCGAGUCUCUCCAGUAAACAGCACUAGCUUGCGGCGCGUAGCUGUGUUUUUUCCAUGUGUCUGUAGGACGCCUUUUUUCCGGGGCUUCUUCUCCUCUAUUAGUGACUGUUUGUACGAGCGCGCUAAGACAACCAGUUCAGGGUCCUCCCCGGAAGGCUCCCAUUCUCUUAUAAAGGGCAGUCGGGGACGUUUUUGAUUUAAAGCGUUUGAUAGCUUUUCUCUUCACCUGCUCCGGUGGGUGGUGAGGCAAGUGGUCUUUGUUUUUGCAUGGCGCAGAUGUAAGGGGCGUAAACAUGCCUAUCGGAAUCUGCGAUUUUAUAGUUGUAUCGGGGGUUUUGCACCUGCUCCUGUACAGGAUAUCCCAACGCAUUUCGUCCGUUUGUUGUGGGCGUGCAUAGUGCUCUAGGGCAGUGUAAGUCGAACGCGAAGGGGACGUCGCUGCCACAGGAUCUCGUUUUGCCUAUCAUAUUUCCGGUUGUCGCACAGAACGUUCUCCGCUUCUUCCUUUCGCUUUUUCGUUUGCGUUUGGCAGAAGGGGUACACUGGCCUUCUGGGGAAAUAUCGUUUGUGCCGUCCACUCUGUCAGCGCCUGUUGACGCAGCGAAAUUUCUCAGGUUUCUGCCGCGUUGAGACUUCUGCAACCAACGAUUAGUAAAUACGCACGUAGUGUUGUUUUUCAAUCUGACAUAGUGACAUGCGGCAUCUGGCCUUGUUACAUUCCGGUGCUUGGAGAGCGCCGCCCUGAGGCAGGCUAGGGAGGGUGAUUUCCCGAAAGAUCGGAACCGCGAAAAGCCUUUUCUCGCCGAAAGUUUGUUGGCACCCCCGUAAUAACCUGCGGUAAUACUCGUGAUAACGUGACACGGCAUCUCAGACCCACUGUAGUCAACUAAUACACAACUUCUGA